ACAAACAAAACAAAACAAAAACAAAGUGGCGCUACGGGGAAAUAUGCUAACUGCUCUCCGCGCCCUUCGUGCACCAACAUGCAGCCUGGCUGUCAAGCGGGCGCAGAGCUGCGGACAAGAAACGGUUAAGCGCAAAGAUGCAGGAGCUGCGUGAGUCCAUCUGAGCAUGUGCCGCUGGCGCCGCCGCCGCUGCUGCUGCAGUGAAGUAAAAAAAUGUGUGGAUUUCCACAGGACAGAGCGGAGACACCGCGCAGGAGAAGCCGGGCGACAGACUAGCAGAGGCGCGGACCGACACCGACUCUUCCCGACCGACCUCACCGAGGGAUGUGUCGGAUCCGCCGGGGUGUGCGCCUGGGGAGACACCGCAGAGAUCCUUCUGAAGACCUGAAUCCUGUACAUACAAAUAGGAAAUCUGUGUGAAACCCACAAGAGGAACCAUGGUAACCUUAGAAACCUCAGGGGACCCUGUUCCUCUGACGGCCCUCUCCCGCUGGUACCUCUACGCCAUCCACGGCUACUUCUGCGAAGUGAUGUUCACCGCCGCCUGGGAGUUUGUGGUCAACUGCAACUGGAAGUUCCCCGGUGUGACCAGCGUGUGGGCCUUCUUCAUCUACGGCACCUGCAUCCUCAUUGUGGAGCGGAUGUACUUGACGUUGCGCGGCCGCUGCCCCGUGCUGCUGCGCUGCAUCAUCUACACCCUGUGGACGUACCUGUGGGAGUUUGGGACGGGGCUGCUGCUGCGGCAGUUCAACGCCUGUCCCUGGGACUACGCCGAGUUCCGCUACAACUUCAUGGGCUUGAUCACGGCCGAGUACGCCGUGCCGUGGUUCUGCGCCUCCUUCAUCGUGGAGCGCUUUGUUAUCCGCAAAACCCUGCGGCUACGCUUUCAUGAAGGGCCCGAGGACGGCUGGUCAAACCAUCGGCAUGAUGCUGGAGGGGGAGGCGCUGGAGAAACUUUGGAAGGCAGCAGGCAACGAGAACAAAGGAGGGGGAGUGGCUUUAAUUCAAACGGCUACCUUAAAGUUGAUUGAGUCAAUUUUCAGGGGACUCUGUCAAACCUCCUUGACCCGCCACUGGCACUUUUCCAUAUGCAAUCCUCACCCUGUAGUGCAUGGGAUUGAGAGACAGCCAUCAAGAAUAGGUUAGUUAGUGCUGAGGAAGCCAGAAAACAAAUGUCUAACUGAGGCUUCAUAUCCCAAAUACUUACAGUCGUUAGCUAAACAGGGACUCAUAAUGCUACUGUUAUUACUGCAUUUCACAUUACAUUUACAUGGGGCUAACCCUAAUGCUAGGAUCUUCAAUGAUCUGGAUUAAACUUUAAAACUCCUUCUUGGAGCUCAGAAUAUAGGAUUAUAAAAAAGCACUUUUGCAGAGAUUAGUCUUAUUGUUCUGUAAAAAGAUUUCUUGGAAAAAAACCCAAAACAAAUACAGUAUUUGUGUUAUUUAAGUAUGCACCAAUCUAUGUAAGAACAGUUCUCUUGCCUCAUAGGAAUGUUAAAUGAAAGCAGCACAGCCACAAAGUAUCAUCCAGAGACCCAAAUGCCAGCCUUUCUUUACAUUCAAAGGAAUGUGUAACAUUUAGGAUGAUCUUUUGAGUUAAAAUGCAAAGCUGUUUUCAUCAGCCUAGAAAAAACUAUGAAGAUAUGAGGAAUUUUGUCUCGGUUACGUUGUAAUAAGUAAUUUAUAUUAGGCUCGCAUGUGCAAUUUAUUUUCUUUUUUUUUUUUUUUUAGUAAUUGAAUCAGCCUCUGAUUAAA